UAUUAUCCCAGAGCAAGUAGAAAUACAAAGAAUCCAAAGAAAAUUCCUGCAUUUGAUUUACAAUGUUUUGGGGUAAGUUUUGUCUGAUAUGGAGUUUUUUUUAUAAUGUUGUCCCCAAGAAUUCAGAAGUUUUAAAACUGGUAAAAGCUUCCUAAAUGUUUCUCCUGUUGCUAGAUUAGGACUUAUUUCUGUCAGGAAAUCACUAUAUCAUUGUAAUCCAAUUAAUUUAAUUAGGGCAUGUGAGUUUAUAAUUGAAUUGUUUCUGCAAUGCACAUGUCUAAUACUUUCCUGUUUGAGCGACACAAUAUUUAUGUAGAUGAAUCUUAGUGAUUUGCAAUUCUUUAAUCGGAGAACACAAAAUUUCAUAGUCCGAGCUUGAAAAAAAGUCAAUAGGCGUACCAUGCCCAAUAGCCGUGAUUUUUUCUGUAAUUGCCAUAGCGACAAAAGAGUAAACUUUUUAAACAUUCGAAUGUAUCUAAAAAUAACAGCUUGUUUUGGUUCGACCUUGAUAUUGUAGGAUCGCAAAUGAGUGUGAAAUUUAUCAUGUCAAUUUCUGUUUCGUACCGGUACUUAGGGAAAGAAUUUUACAUCCUUGUUAAAAAAUUAUUUCGAAAAACGCAAGUAAAUAAUGCAUAGAAGAGUAACUAAGUGUAGCCGUGUGUAAGCUAUGCAGAUUUGUAAAAUAUAAACAGUGUGGUACAUAAAUUAACGAUUGUCGAAGAAAGCUCCUCCCCCAAUUCUGUUUAUUACAAAACGAAGUUCAAGCCUCAAGGGAGUACUCAACCAUACGACAUCUCAUCGGUUUGAUCACUAUCGUGGACGGUUCAUUGAAGCCAAAAAAAAAUCUUCCUCCUUCCAAAGAGCCGUGCUAAUUUUGAAGACAAGAGGUACUUGAAAGGAGAGAAAUAUCAGGGGUAGUUCGGCUGAUAACAGCGGAAACAGCCGGCACUGACGAAAAAAAGCUGUUCAAGAUUCCUGCAGCGCUGAUACCAGAUUUCGGAGUACCAUGCCGUUAGCAAAGAAAGCCCCCAAGAAUGACGUUAUAAAAGCUUUCCUGACCGAGGCCAAAGAGGAGUUCAAUCAAAAAUGGGACCAUCCCUCUCAGAAUACGGCUAGUUUGGAGGACUUCGAGCGAUUGAAGACCCUGGGUACCGGAUCAUUUGGUCGGGUUAUGCUCGUUCAACAUAAGAGCAGCAACAAAUUUUAUGCUAUGAAAAUUUUAGAUAAACAGAAGGUGGUGAAGUUGAAGCAAGUGGAACAUACUUUGAAUGAAAAAAGGAUUCUGCAAGCGAUAACUUUUCCAUUCCUGGUGAACCUGGAAUGGCAUUUUAAGGAUAAUUCCAACUUGUACAUGGUUCUGGAAUUUGUUCUUGGUGGUGAGAUGUUUUCUCAUCUACGACGUAUUGGAAGAUUCAGUGAAACACACUCAAGGUUUUACGCUUCACAAAUUGUUUUGGCAUUUGAGUAUCUUCACUCUCUAGACCUUAUAUACAGGGAUCUAAAACCAGAGAAUCUUCUCAUUGACGAGAAAGGUUACUUAAAGGUAACAGAUUUUGGGUUUGCCAAGAGAGUCAAAGGGAGAACGUGGACGCUUUGCGGCACUCCAGAAUACCUAGCUCCUGAGAUCAUCCUCAGCAAGGGUUACAACAAGGCUGUAGAUUGGUGGGCAUUAGGUGUCCUUAUCUAUGAAAUGGCAGCUGGUUACCCUCCUUUCUUUGCUGACCAGCCAAUUCAGAUCUAUGAAAAGAUUGUCUCUGGCAAGGUACGUUUCCCAUCUCAUUUCACAGCUGAUCUGAAAGACUUGCUUCGAAAUUUAUUGCAAGUUGACCUAACAAAAAGAUACGGGAAUCUAAAGAAUGGUGUGGGAGACAUCCGUGGUCACAAGUGGUUCAGUUCCACAGACUGGAUAGCUAUCUAUCAAAGAAAAGUUGAAGCCCCCUUUAUUCCCAAGUGCAAAGGUCCAGGAGAUCCAAGCAAUUUUGACGAUUAUGAGGAAGAACCACUGCGCAUCUCUACCUCUGAGAAGUGCGCAAAAGAAUUUGCAGAUUUCUGAAGAGUAAUCCACCAACCUAAAAAAAAACUAUUAUGUACCUAAGUUAUCCUAAAAUGUACAGAACAGUGACUUUAAUAUAUCGAACAUUCUUGAAGAGGAACAGGCAAGCCCUCGACAGACAGACAGACAGACAGCAUCUUGCAUGUUGCCUUUUUUCUUAUUGUUCCUUGUAUUGUUCUAGAUCUACUUCAGAAAACCCUUUUAUUUAUAUAAAACAAUUCAAUUACAGUAGAUUUCUGCAUAAAGAGUUUUUUAUAGCAGGCAUGUUAAAUGUUUUAUUUGUAAAUUGUGCAAUCUUAAAUUUGAAAAUUCUUAUUUCUUGACAUGAGAGUUCUCUAUAUUAUCCGAUUGGAGUUCCAUCGCUGUGUUCAUGUUUUUAUCUUAAAAAAAGAUUUAUGUGCCUGCAAAAUUGUAAACAUCUGCAUAAUUUGUUUCCUUGAACAGUUAGAAAUUACCAGUAGUUUUGGAUUAUGCAAAGGUUCCCAAUUCUAGAAAAGGAUAAAUUUAUUUAUUUGUGAGACAUUCUCAGCAAAGAAAUAUCAUUGCAAUUUAGUUGUGUGUCUUCCAAAAUGAUUUCCAUCACAAAGCAACCAGUGUUUGGAUUCUAUGUUCGGUAGUCACUGUAUGUUUUUAAUGUCCCUUGGUUGUUUCUUAAAGUUUGAAAAAAUAUAUAUAUUCUAGAAUGUUACACAUGCCUUGUAUGUUUAUUUAUAAUCUAGAAUUAACCCAGGGCAAUAAAAUUUAAAGAAUAAAAUGGAAUUAGAUGCAGUCGUCGUA